AAUUGAGUGCAGAGGCUGAGAAACCAACUUGGGAAAACUAAUUGAUUCAGAGAUACAAAGAUAGAUUGGUGUAGAAGAUGGUGAAGAGUCAGCGGUGUGAGAAGGCAGCUGUGAAGAAAGGGCCAUGGAACCCUGAUGAGGAUCACAAGUUGAUAGCUUACAUUCAGAGAUAUGGUAUUUGGAAUUGGAGUCAGAUGCCAAAACCUGCUGGUCUGGCAAGGUCUGGGAAAAGUUGUAGGCUUCGUUGGGUGAAUUACUUGAGGCCGGAUAUUAAGCGCGGAAGCUUCAGCAAGGAGGAAGAGGAGGCCAUACUCAAGUUGCAUGAAACAUUGGGAAAUAGAUGGUCUGCUAUUGCUGCAACACUUCCUGGAAGAACAGACAACGAAAUUAAAAAUUACUGGCACACCCACUUGAAAAAACGCUUCAAGGCGACUGAACCAGUACAAGAAGCACAAGUGUUCAGUGACAAGAAGAAGUUUUCUGAAACUGAACUCUUUCUUCUGGGUGAAGCUUCAAAAGCAUCAAAGUUGGAGACAACUUCAACAGGCUCUGGUCCUGUUCAUGGUGAUCAUAAUAAAGACCAGAUUGCAGAGCAGAACAUUUGUGCAUCUGAAACAUUUGGUGAACUACAAAGUUUGUGGGCUGAGUCACACAUUGUGCGGGAUUCUGAGGCAGUAUUUACAGAUCCUGGAUUCACAUUAUCCAAUCCUCCAACUCAGAGUUGGCUGCAAGAGCCCAUAUUCCCUUCUGGUUCAUCAUACAAUGAUGCCUCCAAUGAUUAUUGGGUUAAUUUAUCAAUGCAAGCUGAAAUAGAUGGAAUCUGAAAAUGUAUUCUUUGCCAAUAGUUAGGAGUUUGUUUCAACUUUGGAACCAAUGGGAAUGGUAUGUCUUGCCAUUUCAUGUCAAUUUCAAUCCAAUGCCUUCUAAUGAUAGUAUAAAGGUUAGGGUUGGUUACAAAUUACA